AUGCCAGCUAAGCCAACGAGCAACUCGCGUCCUGUUGUUGUACGUGCUGCUGUUAAUUCGGUGCUUCUGGUCUGGGAAUGCUUCGUGAAGCGCUCGGCAUUCCGUGAUGUCGGUAGCCGCCUACUCCCGGAAGAUAUGCGCAGCGUUUUGAGUAGGAUGCUAUUCAUAUGGAUUAACCCGAUACUUUCUCGCGGUUACAGGAAUAUGCUGCUUCCACAAGACGUUCCGCCUCUAAGUGAAGACAUGAAAUCAGAGCAUACCAGAACUACAAUGCUCCAGGCAUGGUCCCGGCGAGCGCUUCCUGAAACCAAGAAGACACUCCCGUUAGCCUUGUUCAAGUGCCUGCAAAUGCCAUUUCUUGCUGCUGCCAUUCCACGAUUAUUUUUGAUUGGUUUUCGAUACGCCCAGCCUGCUUUAAUUAAACAGUCUAUUAAAUUCGCUAUGGAUGACUCUGAGGCUUCAGAAAACCAUACCGGAUUUUGGCUUAUCGUGUCAUCUCUUAUUAUUUACAUUGGACUUGCUUUGUCUACAGCCAAAUACCAGCACUCACUGAACAGACUGAAGCUCAUGACUAGAACUGCGCUCGUUGGGAUUAUUUACAACAAAACACUUGAAUUACCUAGUGUAUCCUAUGAUACCGGCGAAGCUACUACAUUGAUGAGCACAGAUACGGAUGGUCUCGAGACCAUUGCAGAGAUGGUUCACGAGAUCUGGGCCCAAGUUCUUGAAGUUCUAAUUGGUAUUGGACUUCUUGCCGACCAGAUUGGCUGGAUCUGGCCUCUUCCUCUCUUUCUAAUUUAUUUGUCUUCGCAUAUGAGUCGGUUUGUAGCAAAACACCUCCAGCCUCGCCAAAAAGCUUGGAAUGUUGCAACACAAGACCGAAUAGCUGCUACAAGUGAUAUGCUAGCCUCUAUAAAGAUCAUUAAAAUGCUUGGGUUCCAAUACGAUAUAACGCGCCGCAUCCAAACCCUUCGAAAUACAGAGCUCUAUAAGGCGGCAGGACUAAGAUUGGUUAUGCUUUACUAUGGCAUCACAGCCAAUGCCCUUGGGAUAUUUUCCCCUGCUAUUACAUUAGUCCUUUUCGCAGUAAUUUCGCAAGCUUCUGGUCGCGCUUUGCAGACUGAUACUGCUUUUACUACUAUGGCUAUUUUAAGUAUGAUUACGAACCCAGCAAAUAUGGUGAUGACUAUCGUACCGCGAACCAUUGCUGCUUUCUCGGGAUUUGAAAGGAUACAAGCAUUUCUCCUCCAGCAACCGUUGCAGACGUAUCGUGGAACUCUAUCGAGGGGUAAUGCGCAUCCCGUAAUGUGGGACCCCUCUUCUGGCCGCUUAGCGAAGCCGGGUCCGGCCAUCCAAAUCCGGGACGUAGCUAUCGGCUCUAAGGGGGUGCCCCUUAAGAACAUCAAUAUCGAGUUAGCGGCAAAUUCAUUUACUAUUUUGUCAGGUCCUACUGGCAGCGGCAAAUCAAGCUUAUUACGGUCAUUGAUUGGCGAAGUCCUCCCUUCGCAUGGUUCAAUCAGCUUAUCAAGUCAUCGGAUAGCAUACUGCGCUCAAAGACCUUGGCUACCCAACGGAACCAUCAGGAAUGCUAUACGAGGGUUCGCGAAUAUGAACGACCCGAUAUCGCCCUGGUCCCAGCAAUGGUAUGAUAAAGUCAUCGAGAUAUGCUGUCUCACUCAAGACCUUGCUGCGCUUUACAAUGGAGACCAAACCCAAAUCGGGAGUAGAGGACUCAACCUCUCUGGGGGCCAGAGACAACGAGUGGCUCUCGCACGAGCACUGUUUGCUAGAUGCGAUAUACUACUCCUUGACGACACAUUUAGUGGACUGGAUGGUGAUACCGAGCGGACGAUCUUUGAUAACCUGUUCAAGUCGACAGGACUCCUUCGGCAACAGAAAACGACCGUAAUCCUUGUUUCCAAUUCCUCGCAAUAUUUUGAAGCAGCGGAUCAUGUGGUGGUACUGGGGAAUAACAGCAUUGUUGAGCAAGGGCCUUGGCGGACCAUCAAGCUUAAAUCCCAAACUCUAGCUAAGUUCUCCGCUGGCACCCAGCAGCCUGUUGAAGAUGCCAAAUUGGCAGGCCGCUACGAUGCACUUAACGCUCAGAUAAGAGUGAAGGAGGAAACUGAAGCCGAUCUUUCACGGCAAACAGGGGACCCCGCGAUCUAUGGAUACUAUCUGAGGUUUAUAGGGCUCGUGAAUAUCCUAUCUAUUGUAAUUUUCACUGCGUCAUAUUCCUUUUUUAUCACUUUUCCCCAAUACUGGUUACAAUUAUGGACAGAGAGGCAGUAUAAUCGAAGCGACUCGUUUUACAUAAUUGGUUUUCUUCUUUUAUCGCUCUUAUCGUGGCUCUCUACCAGUGGCCAGAUGUGGUCCAACUUUACCCGACUUGCCCCCGAAUCUGGAAUGAGACUCCAUCGCCAUCUUUUGAGCAUUGUGACAAACGCCCCUUUGUCCUUUUUUUCAGCAACCGAAAAUGGCUCGAUUUUGAACAGGUUUACCCAAGACAUCCAGCUUAUUGACAAGCAGUUGCCAACUGCAUUUGUCACACUUAUUACCCAGAUUUUCAAGCUCUUGAUGCAAGUGAUACUUUUGUGCAUCGUGGAAAAAUGGCUUGCGCUAUCUCUGCCAGCUUGCGUAGCUAUCGUUUACGUCAUCCAGAAAGUCUAUCUCCGAACAUCUAGACAGCUUCGGUUCUUAGAACUCGAGGCGCGCGCAGGAGUGUUCUCUAGUUUCUUGGAGACUAUCGAGGGUCUAGAAACAAUACGAACAUUUGGCUGGUCCGGAGACGUGACAAGAGAGAACAUCGACAAGGUCGACGAGUCGUCGAGACCAGAAUUCCUCCUUCUGUGUCUUCAAAGAUGGCUUAACAUUGUUCUUGAUCUCCUAGCCGCAGCUAUAGCAACAACAGUUGUUGUAACCGCCGUAGCAUUCAAAGGGCAUGUUAGUGGUGCAGAGAUCGGAGUUGCACUGAAUACUAUGCUUGUAACAAAUACCACACUCCUAAGAUUGGUUGAGAGCUGGGCUCUACUAGAGACAUCUCUUGGCGCGAUUGCCAGGGUGAAAACUUUGGAGAACAUGACUCCCUUUGAGGGCGGAAGGGUUCCAGGCUUAGAUCCUGCGCCAGACUGGCCGCAGAAAGGGCAUAUUAAGUUGAAACAGGUUACGGCAGCGUAUCAAAACGAAAAUGUAGCUCUCAAGGCUCUGAACUUGGAUAUCCCCGCAGGGCAGAAGCUUGUUGUCUGCGGGCGUACUGGCAGUGGCAAGAGUACCCUGCUACUAACGAUGUUGCGAAUUCUCGAGUUGAGAUCCGGCAGUAUUGAGAUCGAUGGCUUUGAUAUCAAGCACGUCUCUCUGGAAGUACUCAGACAGCGGUGUUUUAUCACGGUCUCGCAAGAUCCUCUCCUUCUACUGCAUGAGACAGUCCGCUUCAACCUGGACCCUAGCGCGUCGAUUCCAAACGAAGUACUUAUGGAGGCGUUAAGGAAAUGCGAAUUAUCGUCACACUUCUCAAGAGGGCAGACGACAGACCCUACUGAAGGUAGAAGUUCUUUUGAGCAGACAGACAUAGACAAGUACGAAGGCCCGAACGGCGAACAUCCGAUCCUCGAUCAGAAGCUGUUAGAAUUUUCCGAGCUAUCAGUGGGACAAUGCCAACUCUUCGCGCUGAGCCGUGCGUUGGUUAAAGCUAUUCUGCUAGAAAGAUACGGGAUUAAGCCUAUCGUUCUUUUAGACGAAGCCACGUCGUCUCUGGAUUCCGUGACAGAGGCAACUAUCUACCGUAUCAUAGAUGAGGAGUUCAGUAGUAAAGGCCAUACGGCUGUGAUCGUGGCACAUAGAGUCGGUGUACUAGAGAAACAUAUGAAAAAGGGGCGUGACGCUGUCGCUGUCAUGGGAGAUGGAAGGUUACAGGAUGUUAGUACGAAUUGGGAAAAGGCAGCUUUAGGAUAA